CCCUAUAUCUAUCUAUAUCUACUCCCCCAAUCACUUCCCUCAUCUGAAGUCAUUGCUUUCGUUUCUCCGGUCAAAUCCUCCACCUCCGGACCCACCCCUGCAUUUCCCCCUCUUCUUCCCUCCACCCUCCAUUUUUAUACCUUCAAAAUCACCACUCACAACACCCACAACAACACAAUCAUCAUGGGGUUCUUAUUUUUGAAAGAUGAAAGAAGCAAGAGAGCAUUAAGAGGAUUCAAAACCAUAUUCUUUUUGGUCACCAUGAUCAUAUCGUUCUUGUUCUUUUCCGCUCCGAUUUUGUUCGCGGUCUCGGACGCUUUGCUUCCGACUGCUCUGUUGUCUACUUCUCUAUCGACGCUGUCGUCGUCGCCGGAGUUUUCGGUUUUCCAAACGCUGAAUUCUCAUUUGAGUAAUUACGAUUUCCGGUAUUCCUUGAUUGAUAUCCCGUUGAUUUCGAUAAUCAGGUCGGGUAUCAUCCUAUGUGUGUACGGACUAUGUGACGGUCCGGGGUUAUCUAGGGGACCGUAUUUGGGGAUCACGACGGUUUGUUCGGUGGUUUCUUUGUUGUUUGUGUCGAUUAAGGCGGCGUAUGUGUUUGGUGGCGGCAACAGGGGUUUCACGGCAGCGGAGGUGGCGUUGUUCGUGUGUUCGCUGUCGUUGGCCGUCGGGCAUAUCGUGGUGGCGUACCGGACUAGUUGUAGAGAAAGACGGAAGCUUCUUGUGUACAAAAUUGACAUUGAAGCAGUGUCCACAUUCAAGAAUGGGUUUCCAAGGUACCCAAAGAUUCUUCAAGAUGAAAGAGUCAAACUCAAAUUGCAAAAGUAGAUGUGGAAGUGGAAGCAUAACUAUUCCCAUCUUAUCCUCGAUCUUUUCAAUGGCCAGCCUAGAUUCCCAAUAUCCAAGAUUCAGGUUUUCCAAAGGAGAACUUUAACUUGAUGGCCAAACAUGAAGAGAUAACCAAGAUAGAUGAAUUAAGUUUGUGUACAUAUGUAAACUAAGAGUUAUAUGUUGUUUCUUGUAUAGAAGUGGAAGUAAAGUAUCGUGUUUGCGAUCUGUCUUCCAACAAAAAAAGAAGAAAAAAAUCAUGUAUAGUUAUUUUCGUGUUUACUAGAUAUUGAAAUAUUUACAUACAUCUUUUUUAGGGAUGUACACAUUAAAAGGGUCAA